CUGACCCAAACCAGCUCGACUUCUACGUUUUCUUAGAUGAGCCAGUCUCAGAUGUGAGUGGUUCCGAGGAAGGGAUACUGCGUUCGCGAAAUGACAAAAAUAGUAAUGGAUGCCGCUGCCAUAUUUCAUCCCAAACACUAGCGCAUUUCACCACCACCCACCCCUCGUCUGGCGCUCUAUCUCUGACUCUUCCUUCCACCUCCAUCCAUCAACCCCAGCGGCAAUAUAAACCCACUUGUUACCCCUCCUCCUUCCAGUCGAUAUGGCCCCGCGUCAAGCAAACCGAAACAUUCGAAAAGUUGGGCGGCAGCGCUCGGUGCCAAAAGACGAAAAAGCGCGGCCACAAGGUAUCAAGAAAGAACGACCACAACUUUCUUCUCGUAAAAGCGCACGCCUCCAGGAACGGACUGUAUCCAAGGACACGAACACCGAACUCAAGCACCCAUUUCCCUCCCCGACUAGCAACACUCCAGGCGAAAAGUUUCCACAGAAUCAAUCGACCCCUCUGCAAGAUAAAGAUCGAAAACGAAAACGAGCGCGAGAACCCGAAGAACCACCCAUUCGCGCUCCAUCCAAGCGACCGCGUACAUCUGUUGCACACCCGGCUUUUGGGCAUACACCUGACAAGCUAGCGGCGGACGGUGUCGUCGAUAAUAAGAUUAAUCCAAUCGCGCAUUGGAUUCAGAAGGAAAGGUGGCCCAAGGAAUACUUCGACCAAGACGAGCAGACUAGGAAGGAUUUCGAAAACGACAGCUGGUUUGAGAAGUAUUGGGAGCCAGAAAACAACAUGAAUCAAGUACUUGCAAGGAAGAAGUCGUCAUCCUCCAUUCGUGGUAAACAAUCGGAAGCCAGCUCUGGUUCUACGACACCUAGCGAUCAAAAGCAAAGGGAAAUCAAAAGUUCCCCAUACAAAGAUCCACGUUAUAAGACUUUACUCGCAACCAAAGGCAGCUUCAUGGACGAGUCCGAUUUAGGGAUCACAGACAAAAGCAAGGUCGAUUAUCAAACCCUCCUCAGCGCCGAGCAACCAGUUCCUACUGACUCGUUAUUUCGCGACGACCUGUUCAAAUCAACUUGUCGGAAUAUACAAGACAGAAAUGAGACGAGGGUCAUCCGGGAUAUCUCGCUCCUGAUUAUUCCUUCUGCAGAAACACUGGCAACAUACGGCGCCACCAACCUUCGGUGCUUGAUCGAGAGUACUAACGAAGGCUGGAACAAUUCCAUCCCAGUGACUAAGACCCGUCCGCAACCCGACUACUCUGUAGGGUUCAGGAGAGAGGUGUUCACGGAAGAUCAGCUCAAAAGGCUUGAACCUUUCGUAGGCGAGCUCACAGAUACUUCUUUCUUCAUGGCCACGUACUACAUGUACUUCCCAUUCCUAACCUGCGAAGUAAAGUGCGGCGCCGCGGCACUUGAUAUCGCAGACCGACAGAAUUCUCACAGCAUGACGAUGGCGGUGAGGGGUAUUGUUGAACUCUUCAGACUUGUGAAACGCGAAAAGGAGCUUCACCGGGAGAUACUCGCCUUCUCAAUUUCACAUGAUCACGAAACGGUCAGAAUCUACGGCCAUUAUCCUGUGAUCGAUGGAAACAAGACCACCUUCUACCGCCAUCCUAUCCGUAAAUUCGACUUCACGGAACUGGACGGCAAAGAGAAAUGGACGGCAUACAAAUUCACCAAGAAUAUUUACGACAAAUGGAUGCCGACUCACUUGAAAAGAAUCUGUUCAGUUAUCGAUGACUUGCCGCCCGAUCUGGAUUUUGAGGUCUCACAGCAAUCCGAGCCAGGGGAAUCUGGACUUUCACAGGGGUUAGAAAGCCAUCAUCUCUCUGAUCAAACAAGUCAUGAUGCUACGUCUCUGGGCGAAGCUGACAGUCAAUCAAGUCGUGUUGAUUCGCGAGACGUUACCCCUGAUACUUCACUGUCUCAGAGGAUCGACGGGAAAGCAUUUAAAAAGCCAAAGAAAAGGGGUCGACCUGUAGAAUUACACCAGUCUCAAGACGCUGUUUGAAGAUGGGAAUGCUUUCAAAGUGAUCGGCUGUUUGGGAGAGGAAGUAAAUGUAUAGGCGAGGCUAGGACUAGGAGCAUUUGUUUACUGUUAAGUUUUGGGGAAAUCUG